AUGGAAGUGACCAGCAACGUCACCGAGUUUAUAUUCCUAGGACUUUCCCAAGAUCCUGGAAUGCAAUUGAUGUUCUUCGCCCUGUUCCUCCUCUUCUACAUUGUGAUCAUGGUGGGAAAUCUGCUCAUUUUGCUUAUAGUCUUCUCUGUUGCCCAGCUCCACACACCCAUGUAUUUCUUUCUCAGUAACCUGUCCUUUGUGGACAUUGCCUAUUCCUCAGCCACCGCACCCAAGAUGAUUGCAGAUUUGAUUUCUGACAAAAAGACUAUUUCCUACUGGGGCUGUGUAACUCAGAUGUUUACCUUCCACUUUUUUGGUUGUGCUGAGAUUUUUGUUCUGACUGUCAUGGCUUUUGACCGUUAUGCUGCCAUCUGCCAACCUCUCCGUUACACCACCAUCAUGAGUGCCCGCGCUUGUGUCGUGCUGGUCUCGCUGUCCUGGAUAGGAGCCCUGGGCCAUUCCUUAGUUCAGACCCUCCUGACCUUUCAGCUGCCCUUCUGCAAUGCUCAGGUCAUUGACCACUACUUUUGUGAUGUCCACCCUGUCCUGAAACUCGCCUGUGCUGAUACAACCCUGGUAAAUAUGUUGGUGGUUGCCAAUAGUGGUCUCAUUUCCCUGGGGUGUUUCCUCAUUCUUCUGGCCUCCUACACUGUCAUUCUAUUGAGUCUUCGGAAGCGGUCUGCAGAGAGCCGGCGCAAGGCUCUUUCUACCUGUGGGUCUCAUUUUACUGUAGUAACUUUCUUCUUUGUCCCUUGUAUUUUUAUUUAUCUCCGCCCAUCCACUACUUUCCCACUGGAUAAGGCUGUAUCUGUGUUUUAUACCACCAUCACCCCAAUGCUAAACCCCCUCAUCUAUACUCUGAGGAAUGAGGAUGUAAAGCAUGCCGUGAAAUGGCUAUGGACUCGCAAGGUCUCCCUGGGGGAAAAGCUGAGUGGAUAG